AUGCGUCGGGAAGAUCUCGUACGGAUCCUGUCCAAGCCCGGGAAGUACGUAUCGGAAUCUACCAGAUCGAGGCCACCCCGGUAUCGCCACGAUUACGCCGCCAAAGGCCUUUUUUCUACCCCUCUCUGCUCGCCCUCCUUAACCGCCUUCUCCGUCCUCCUACGACGACUCCGCUGGGUUGAACCAGCCGUUCUCCUCCCCAUCGUUCGUGGGCCUCCUCUCCUCAGACGGACAGACUCCUGUUCGUCUGGGUGGCAGCGUGAGCUCACCACUCCGCUCUCUCCGAUGGUCGCGCUGGAUAUCAACCACAUUGGGACUCCGGCAUCAUUCGUCGGAACUCCAAGCGUCAGCAUCAACCAUGAGGCGAUCAAGGAUUUAGAUUCCUCGAACGCGUUUGAAGGACCGGAGAAGCUCCUUGAGGUUUGGUUUUCCGCCACCGCCCACGACCUGCCCGCCGGCGUCGCGCCAAAUGGGUUGAAGGCCGUUUCGGAGGACACAUGGAAGGAGAUGCUGGAUCUGGUCAGCUGCAAGGUCCUCUCUAUCGUCAAGUCCGAACAUGUCGAUGCAUACCUCCUGUCCGAAUCUAGCAUGUUCGUUUGGCCGCACAAGCUGGUGCUGAAGACCUGUGGAACGACGACCCUUCUCUACGGAAUCCCUCGCAUGUUGGAAAUCGCAUUCCAAGACGUCGGAUUUGCCGGGGUGCCGGCCGAUCCGCAUAAAGGACUGCUGGCGGCGGCGGUGCCGUACCGAGUUUUCUACAGCCGGAAGAACUUCCUCUUCCCGGAUCGCCAACAUGGACCGCACCGUAGCUGGGGAGACGAGGUGCGCUACCUCGACAAGACGUUCAACGGUGGCAGCGCGUAUAUGAUCGGCAAGAUGAAUGGCGAGCACUGGUUCCUCUAUGUGACGAAUCCGCCCUUGGGACUUCCCCUUCCCACGGCGUCCGGAGCGGCGGACGCGAGCGAUCCCCUUGCGCAGAGCAUGGCCCCCGAAGUGCUCUUCCCGCAUAUACCGUCGGACGAACAAGAAGACGAAACCCUCGAAAUCCUCAUGACCGACCUUGACGAAGAAAACGCCAAGCAAUUCUACGUCGCGGAAGCCGAGCUAACCGCCCAGCGCCUCCGCCACAAGGUCUCCCCCUCCCGCGUCUCCCCCUUCCCCGCCAACGUUAAAAGCCCCUACACACCCGCCGACUGCACUUUCGACGCCAGCUCCGACGUCUCCACCACCACCUCCGCUUCCCCGUCCGAGAAAUCCGACCUCGACGACGACAAAGGCCACGCCCUCGGCACCGUCGUCUCCGACACCUGCGGCCUCGCCGACAUCUACCCGACUGCCGACUUCCCCAACGCCCGCGUCGACGCCUACCUCUUCCCCCCGUGCGGCUUCUCCGCCAACGGCGUCAUCCCCGUCACUGCCCCCAACCCAAAAUCCACCACCCCGUCCUCCCCCUCCGAAACCCACUACUUCACCGUCCACGUCACCCCCGAACCCGGAUUCUCCUACGCCUCGUUCGAGACGAACGUGCCCGCGCGCCAGGGAGGUCGACAGACCGCGGACCUAGUGGCGCAAGUCGUAAAGAUCUUCAAGCCGGGGCGGUUUAGCGUGACGCUGUUCGAGGCGCGGGUGCGGAGCGAGGAGCGGGGGGGCGGGGCCGAGGGGGGACGGGCGAGUGGGAAUGCGCGGAUGGAGGAGAUUCCGGGGUAUAAGCGGGUGGAGCGGAUCGUGCAUUAUUUGGAUGGGUAUGAUUUGGUGUUUCGGUAUUAUGAGCGGUUGGGAUGGAUGGGGGGGCCAGUGAGGGUUGGGGAGAGAGGGUAUUAG